CAGCUGCUCGGAUGAGGACAUUUACAGUAAAUGAAGAGCUGCACCUCCAAAUCCUUCAGAAGUAGAUGCUACACAGCAGUACGUCAAACGGUAAUAUUAUUCACAAGAAAAAUACUUUCGUUUAGAGUCAUUGCUCUGCCUGUGGACUUUACAUUGUGUUUAUUUCCGCAGGUAUGAAGGCGCUGACUUUGCUGCAGGCAAAUGUGGCCCCAGGAGAGCAGCUGCAGGCCACAUGUGGGAGGAGUUUGUCCUCCAACUAUGCUCCUCCGAGUCUGGAGAACAAGCUCUUGGCUCAGACCUCCACACUCUUAAACUUUGCAGCACAAACUUCCUCUUGCCCCUCUCUCCAGCCCACCAGCCUGUCGUCCACCUCAUCCUCCCUUCUCUCCACCUCUUCCUUCUCGCCUUUGCUCAACUCCCCUCUCGUCAGCACCGAGAACAAGCUCCUAAGUGACCAUUCACCCGGUCUCUCUUUUUCCCUCACCCCCUCAACGUCUGGCCCUAAUGAAUCUCUGCACUUUAAAUCCCUGGCCGGCAGUGCUCUGCUCAAUCGCUAUGCUCAUCCUCCUUCAUUCCUCCAUCAUGAUCUGGGUGGAGAACAGAAGAGGGACGAUGGAGGAGACGAAGGCAGGGAGGAAAUAUCUGAAGUGAUGCAGUCCUCUUUUGAAGAAUCAAGUGUGUGUGAUGAGGACGAUGAUAUUUCGUCUGAAGAGGAGGAGGACGAGGAUUCUGUGGCAGCCAUGGAAUUACCUGCCCUGGAAACGGAGUUGGGCAACCAGGAACUUGAACCAACUAUGGUCGUCAGACAGGAGGAAUUUGCUGAGAUUGAUAGAAAAAAAGAAAAUAUUGAGGAGGAGCUGAAAGAUAAAAAGUAUCUCCUGCUGAAUGCGGUGUGUUGCUCUCUGAUUAAUAAAAGCAAAGCUCCAGGCCAGACGGACUGGGACUCAGAGGACAGUGUGUGGACCAAGAUCAAAAGCCUGGCGAAGGAUAUUUCUGUCUGUGACCCGCAGUUUCUUCUCAAGGUGGCAGUCUACACUCGACAGGAGUUGAACAUCCGCAUCACGGCAAACUUCUUAUUGGCUCUGGCUGCCAACCAGCCCUCCACCAAGCAACAUGUCCGCAGAUACUUCUGUGCUGCCGUACAGCUGCCCUCAGAUUGGCUGGAAGUAGUCAGAAUCUAUAGUACAUGCUUCAGUCGCUCCCUGCCAAUGUGCUUGAAGAAGGCAAUGGCUGACAAGUUCAAGCAGUUCAAUGAGUAUCAGCUGGCCAAAUACAACACACGCAAACACCGCUGUAAACACAACCGCAACAAGCGCAAAGCCAAGAAACCGACUGGUCAGCAGCUGAAACUGUGGGCGAACCUGCUCAGAUCAGAUGCAUCUAUUCUGGAGAAGUUUUUGCAGGUAGAGGGCAGCAGAACAGUGGUGGAUAAAAAGCAGAGUGAGUUCAGUAUAAAGAAGAUGAUCAAGAAGCUUCACAUUAAAGAACCGGCUGAAUAUGUUAUGGCCAUUCUGGGAAGAAAGUAUCCCGCUGACCUGAAGGCGUUCACCCACAGUGGAAUAAAGGGCUCGUGGGACAGGGAGAGAGCCGGGACGCGAAUGAAGCUCAAAGAACCAGAGACGUGGGAGCGACUGCUAAGCUUGGAGGGCAACAAGGCCGCCACCUGGGAGAAGCUCAUAGAUAAUAAGUCUCUUCCAUUCAUGGCCAUGCUGAGGAACCUGAGGAACAUGAUCUCUAAGGGCAUUAGUGAGGCUCAUCACAAGAAGAUCCUCAGCAGACUGACCAAUAAGACGGCCGUUAUUCAGAGCCGUCAGUUUCCCAUCAGAUUCCUCGCUGCCUACAAAGUCAUCAUGGAGCUUAACACUUUGGCCGCAGCAUCAGAGCAAGCAGUUCCCCCUGUUAAAGAGAUCCUGAAGGGCAUCCUGAGUAAGAUUCCCAAAAGCAAGCGCUUCAAAAGACUGGAAUGGGACACGACUCCAAGGAGCCGGAUCAGGGUGACACUCGGAGUGCCGUUUAUCUAUCGACUAUACCGAGCGAAGAAGACUCAGCUCCUAAAGGCCAAUCAGAGGGAGUUCACUGUCGCUCUGUUGGACCGUUACCGCAAAGCUCUGGAGACGGCGGUCCAGCUCUCCUGCCGUUACAAUGUGCCCCCGCUCCCCGGACGCACCAUUAUCGUGCUCCCCACUAACAUAAGGGGUGAGGAAGACUGGUGUAAGAAACAGGACUUCUGCCUCCCACCAGACCCCGAGCAGAAGAACGAUGAGGAGGAAGAGGAAGAAGAAGAAGAAGAGAGCGGAAGGAAGAGGAGGAAGAAGAAGCAGGAUGACAAGCUCACUCCUUCUGCUAUGGAGAUGGCCGUGUUGCUCGGUCUGAUGAUUGGCAGCAGCGCCGAGGACAGUCAGCUCUGCUUGUUUGAUUGGAGUCACAGUCUAGAAGUCGAGCUGAAGUCUGAUGUUCUUUUGGAUAAUGUCAGAAGUGUGAUGAAGCAAAUAAAGGUGUGUUCAGAGAUGUCACAUGAAGAUUGGGACAGCCGUGCCUUCUCCAAAAUGCUCACCAAGAAAAACAAGGUGGACAACAUCAUCUUGCUGACUGACUACUAUAUCAAUCAUGAAAUCGAGUGGGCCAUCAACAGCUACAGGAAGGAAAUAAACAACAAAGCCCUCGUGGUGGAAAUCUACUUGGCACAGGGAGAGGCAGAGCUCAACCCUGACAGGAACCGUGUGAAGCUGACAGGAUUCAGUGAACAAACUCUGAGGUUUGUGGCAGAACGAGGAUCGUCCAGGCUGCUGGACCAUGUGGAGCAUUUGGACAAACUUUACAACAUCCCAGAACCACAGGGAGCUAAAGGCCCUCAGACCACAAACAGUGUCGUCCCAAUACCAACCAGCCCCAACUUAAGGUGGCGAGGUGUACGUGUGUUUAUCUCCUCCACCUUCAGAGACAUGCACGCUGAGCGCGACAUCUUGGUGCGCAGCGUGUUCCCGGAGCUCCGGCGUCGUGCUGCAUUACACUGCCUCUACCUGCAGGAGGUGGAGCUGCGCUGGGGCCUGACAGAGGAGGAGUCGGGGCGAGCCGCCGAGCUGUGCCUGUCAGAGGUGUGGCGCAGCCAGAUGAUGGUAGCAAUCCUGGGGGAGAGGUACGGCCUGGUUCCUCCCAAACCUGACCUCCCUGACCUACCGCAGUAUAGCUGGCUGGAGUCGGCCCCACCAGGCCUGUCCAUCACAGAGAUGGAGAUCCGUCAGUUCCAGGCUCUUCACCCCGAGACAGCAAAACAGCGAAUGUUCGGCUACUUCAGAGAUCCAAGGGUUAUCAACUCCGUUCCGGUAGCUUGGAAAUCUGACUUUGCUCCGGAAUCACAGGAGGCUGGGUCUAAAAUGGAGUUUCUGAAGAAAAGGAUCCGGGCCAGUGAAGUCAAGGUCACUGAAAAUUACUCGUGUGAGUGGAGUGGCGUCGUGGAAGGGAAACCAUAUCUGAAAAACCUGGAGGACUUUGGCAAGGCCGUGCUGGAAGACCUGUGGACGGCUGUCGUAAAGCAGUUUGUGGAAGGGGAUGAGGAGGCGGAGGCUGUGUCCGAUGUGACGGAGCAGGAGGUGCACCAGGGGGCGCUGCAGAGGCAGUUCUUCGGCAGGGCGAAGCUGCUGUCUGCGGCUGUCGAGAUAGUGGAGCAGGCUCAGAUCAAGGGAGGGAUGAUGGUGGUGGAGGGAGGACCUGGAGAGGGCAAAACCGUCUUCAUGGCUGCUCUGGCAGACACCCUCAGGACUGGAGUUAAGUCCAGGAAAAACCUCGUCUGUGAUGUCAUCUCCUACUCUACAGCCGCCAGCCAAUCAGCAGGCUCUGUGGAAAACCUGCUUCGAUGCCUCAUGCAGUGGUUGAGGAAGAUGAAAGAUACUGAGGAGGAAUCACCUCUUCCCCAUUCUUACAAAGAUCUGCUGUCAGAAUUUCACUCCAGUUUGAGUGACCUGAAGAAGAAUAAGCCUCUGGUGCUGCUCGUCGAUGGGGUGGAUCUUGUCAAAGACGGCAGAGGUCAGCUCAGCUCUGACUGGAUACCACAGCAGCUUCCACAGGGUGUUUGUUUGGUAGUGAGCAUCACAACAAAAGCAGCACUGUUACAAACCCUGGCCAAGAAAAGAGGAACUGUCCUGUUUACCCUGGGACAGCUCACCAUGCCGGACCGGAAGGAGAUAGUUCAGAAGGGACUGGACACCUUCGGGAAGAAACUCAGUGAAUCUGCAUUCAACAACCAGCUCCAGACUCUGAUAAUGAAGAAGGGAGCAGUGAGUCCUCUCUACCUGCACCUAGCCUGUGAAGACCUGAGGAACUUUGCCUCCUUUGAUAAGUUGAAGGAGAACCUCCAGGGCUUGCCUCAGUCUCUGAGCCAGUUGGUGCAGUACAGCCUGGACAGACUCUGCUUGCAGUACAGAGGCAUGCUGGGACUCCGCUGGGCCCUGGCAGCACUCACCGUCAGCACAACUGGCCUGAGGGAGAAAGACUUGUACUCUGUACUGAACACAUGCAACGACUUAUCCUCACGGGACGGACAGUUCACAUGGCAGGAAGCACUGCAUCUGUCCAGGAAGCCCAAAGGACGCAUUCCCAUGGCAACUUUCACCCGUUUAGCGCAGAGUUUACAAAGUCUGAUUGGUCCGUCUCAAUGCCACGACACUGACGACCUGCUGUCUCUAACCAAUCCGGAGGUGAGGAGGGCCUUCGAGGACUUCCUCCUCCCAACAGAAAGUGACAGAACCAGAGCUCACCUCGUACUGGCAGCUCAUCUGUGGGCACUGGCCGACCCGCUGGACACAGACACCUUCCUUCACUGUGAGGCCAACUCUGUCAUGCACCUGCCUUCCAACCUGAUUAAAAGUGGCAAGCUGGAAGCGCUUUGGUCCCUGCUCUCCAGCUACUACUUCCUGUAUGCUAACGUGCGUCACGGCCUCCUGCACCACCUCCUGGAGACCUACAUCUUGUAUGAUGACAACAAUAAGUCUGAAGACAACUAUAUCUUCCAGCGUCGUCUAGACGACUGCCGGAGUUUCUUGCGGCGUCACGGCUCCCUGCUCUCAUCCUGGCCGGCUCUUUUUGUUCAGCAAGCCCUCAACGAGCCUCCUUUGACCUCUGCUCACACCUGGGCACAAGGCCUGAUGGGAAAAGGAGGGGCCCGGGUAGUUGAGUGGCUAAACAAUGACGGUCACACUCUCGAGGAGACCAGUGAGCUGGUGUCGACCUUCUCCUCUGAACCGACCUGUUUGGUUGUGAGCCCGGAUGGAGAGCUGAUGGUGGUUGGCACUGGACAGGGAAUGCUGCAUUUCAUCAACACACAGACCGGACAGGAAGUGAAAUCGCUGGUGAGCAGCUGUGACGGCAUCUCAAGCUGCGUCUUUCUUAAGGAUGGACGUCUUGCUACCACCUCCUUUGAUGGACGAAUAGAGAUCUGGGACAUCGGGAAUGGCUGCAGGACUGCUCUCAUUGAGGGCCACACUAAUGUGAUAACAGCAAGUGAUAUCACUGCAGACAGGAAGCACCUCGCAACGGUGUCUCUGGACUUCAUGCUGAAAGUUUGGUCGUCUACUAAAGGCAAGGAGAUAGCAGCCCUGCCCAGCUCCAGCCCUCUGAACUGUGUGACCUUUGACCCCGAGGAUCACCUGCUGGCUGCUGGUUGCUGGAAUGGAAACGUGAUUGUGUGGAACUGGCUCCAGAAUAAAGCACUAACAUCCCUGUCUGGUCACAAGCGCUCAGUGCGCAGUCUCUCCUUCUCUUCUUCCUCCUCCAUGCUCUGCUCCGGCUCUGUGUGUGGAGAGGUCAGGGUGUGGUCGGUGCCCACCUCCACCUGUGUGGGAUGUUUCCAGGCUCACAGCGGAGCCACGGAGGUCCUCACCUUCCUGCAGGACGGGGGACUGCUGCUGAGUGCCGGCUCUGAUCACAUGCUCCAGCUCUGGUCAGGAGGACUCGGCCGUUCGGUCACCGCAUUUAGAAAUGAUGAAAGCGAACAGGAGCCUCCUUUGAAGAAACAGAGGUCUGAGACGCCUGCGCCUGCUGCUCUGUGUGUGGCUGUUAAUGGAGACUAUGCUGCUGUGGGUUACCACGGUGACGGCAUCAAACUCUUCAGUCUUGACUCAGGUGAGAAGAUCUGGGACUCCGAGGGCUUUGAGGGCCUUGAUGUGUCCAUACUGAGCUUGCUGUGGGUCGUCUUGGACGCAGAGCAGACGGAACCUGAGCUGCUGCUGUCUGCAGGAAGUGACAAACGUGUGAGAGUCUGGAAGAGAAAAGAAGAAGAGAAGGGACUGCUGGGAGGCUUGACAAUGUGGGGAAUGUUUUCUGGGCAAUCAGACGUCGUCCUGGCAUUAGCACAAAACUCCACGUACCUGGCAACAGCUUCAGAUGACUCCUCCAUUUGUCUGUGGUUGUUGAGCGAACUGGCCCUCGAACCGUGUAUUGAUCCUCAUGAGUAUCUGAGGGGCCACAGUGGAGGUGUCACCUGUCUGGCGUUCAGCCCUGAUGGUGGACAGCUGCUGUCCGGUGGAAAAGAUCAGGCCCUGAUGGUGUGGGAUGUGAGUUCGUCUCCUGCUGCUCUCUUUAAGUCGCUCCCUCACUCACACAAAGACUGGAUCACCGGCUGUGUUUGGACUCCAGACUGUGUGAUUAGCUCUUCAAACGACGGGAGGCUUUGUUUAUGGGAUCUGCAGGCAGGCCAAAGUCUCAAAGAAAUCUCCUGGAGGAGUCCUCUUACAUCUGUCUGCUGUCUGGGACGGUAUGUGAUGGCCGGCUGUGCAGAGGGAGAGCUUCAUGUUUGGAACUGGGAAACAAACAUGGAGAUCUGCCACAUUGAUGCACACGAGGAACGUAUACACCACUGCUCUCUCCUGCCAAAUACAGACAAGAACAAAGAAGUCAACCCAGAAGAAAUGGCUGUUUUCACUGCGUCAGAUGAUGGCAUAGUGCAGCUCUGGAAACCACUACAGGUGGAGCACUUCGCCACCUUCCAGGGUCAUAGCGGUGCGAUACGUGGCGUGAUACGUGGCGUGAUUCCCGAACAAGGAGGCGCAGAUUUCUUCACUGUUUCUGAAGACUGCUCAUUGCGAGGCUGGACGUGGGGAACAGAGUUUUCCCCCAGUCUGACAGGACCAGUCACAGCUCUGUGCUUGUCCCAGAGAGACGAUUUGCUUCUUGCUGGUUAUGAAUCCGGUUUGCUGGAAGUAUGGCAGCACCGCGCUGUGGUCGGCCAGAAGCAGGUUUCAGACGGCAGCGUCCUAGCGAUCUGCUCCAUGCCUGAUGGCCAGUUUGCUGUCAGUUCCACGAAGCUCGCUAUUGAUGUGUGGAAGCUGGUGUGGAAUCAACAACACAGCUCUGCAAGCCUGGUGAAGGUAACCACGUACAAAAAGAAAGACCCAGUGGUCCACCUCAACUACUUCUCCGUCCUGAUGGGUGUGUCAGACUGUGGAGUAAUAUCUGACGUCACAAUAGAUCAGGAAAACGAUUGGAACCACACAAUCACUAGCUGGAGCCAAAGUGUCCGAAUUUUGAGCAUGAUCCAUAACGACGAGAAGAGCAUGUGGCUGGUGGGCGAAGAAAGCGGAGAAGUCAGAAUUGGCUUUGUUUUUGCCAUGGGCCCCAAAAACAGUUUCAAUUCAGCUUUCAGCUCAAUGAGCCUAGAGACCACCGAAGAGGAGAAGAAGGGGGCCAUGAUAACAGCUGGAACUGUGGACAAAGAAUUUGUCGUGUGUGGAGACGUGAACGGCAACAUGUGGUUCAACCAGCCUUCAGAGGAUUCCUCGUGGAGCAGCAGAAAACCUGCUCACAGUGACCGGAUCAGUGUGCUGAAACUAACUGACCGCACCAUCAUCUCAGCCUCCUACGACAGGACAGUGAAGCUGUGGGACAGAAACACUAAGAAACAGGUGGGCAUGUUUGUGUGUGGAGGUCCUGUUCUGCAUUUGGAGGUGAACCCUGAAAAGCCCACUGAACUGGUUUGUGGUGACGGACAGGGAAAGAUCUACUUCCUCUCCUGGAAAGAAUAACCCUCAAGAUAUUAAAUAAAGGUUAUCUAUCUAUCUAUCCAUCUAUCUAUUAUGCACUAAAUUCAGCAUUUAGGAAAAAUGCUUAAACACUACAAUUAACCAAAGAUUGCUAGGAAUGUGUUGCUUCCUCUUUGCUUCAAUGAAGGUGAAUAGUAUAUUUAAAAAAAAAUGAAGGUGAAAUAUUUACAUCACAUACAGGGAUAAGCAUCUAUGUAAUAGUUGCAAAGAUAUGUUUACUUUACAUGUGCCUUUACUUUAUAAGAUAGAAGAAAAUAUUAUCAGUUAUAGUUAUGUGUAAGCUGAAUUAAUCAAUGGCCUUAUUUUAUUUGAAAAUUGUAACAGAAUGAAAAUAGGAAUGUGGGAUAUGAAACAAUUAUCUUUUUUUUGACAAUAAAUUAAAUGUUCAAAUCUGCACUUUGAAAUGUUGUUUUGUUUGUUUUUUAAAAGGACUAAAUGAAAAAAAGAACGUGGAUUUAAACAAAAAAUAUUGUAUGUUAUACUUUUUUUACAUUUAACAAAUAGUCAAUAAUUAGUAGCUUUUCUUUUAUAUUCCUGGGACAAGAAAAUGGGUGUUGACAUUCUAGUUAUUGUCAGAUUUUCUGUGAAUGAAUGCAUUUAAAGGUAAUUAAACCAAAAGCAGGAGAGAUUUGCUUUGAUUGCUAUUUGACAUGUGUUUUAUGUAAACAGAGACUCUGUCUGGCUGUGAGACAUCGAUGGCAGACAUGUAAACACAGUUUAUCAGCUAAGUGCUUUUACAGCUCUCUUAUCUGCACUGAAUUGCUUCUGUUCUGUUGACAAUGGGUCAUAUUUAGUGCAAUAAAACUAUAUCUACUGCUGCAC